AAAAGACCGAAACCAAUAUCAUAACUUAGUAACCAAUAACCAGCCCGAUGCAUAUAAACCGGUUACCUCCGGUUCGGUCCGGUCCGGCCAACAAAUCUGAUUGCCACCCCUGUCUUACCGUGCGAAAUUUUAUUUUCUCACGAUUCAUUGAAAUAAAAUAUCGUCAUCAAACGUUAAUCGGACACUCAUUUGGUUGUACGUUGCGUUCAUUUUCUUCGAUUAUUCCCCAAAACGAGAAUAAAAUCAGCAGAAUCAUCUUGGUGAUGAAUCUCUAAGCAGUAAAAUCUCCGUUAAUUGCAUGUCAAGCGAUUUCAGCAACCCUAGAUGGAAUUUGAACUGUUCACUGACUGCGCCGAGGAUGAUUAUACUUUUGGAGUUGAAGAUGAUGAUAAUCGCAUUCCCUCCUAUAAAACAGAUGACGAAUUGGACUUUGGAGGAACAAGAACAGCUAGUGUUUGAGGGUGAUGAAGGUCAAAGAUGUGGGAUUUGCAUGGAUGUUGUUGUUGAUAGAGGAGUUUUAGAUUGCUGUCAGCACUGGUACUGUUUUUCAUGCAUUGACAACUGGGCUAGUAUCACUAACCUAUGUCCACUUUGCCAGAGUGAAUUUCAAUUGAUCACUUGUGUUCCUGUAUAUGAUACUAUUGGAAACGUUCAGCUUGAUGAUGAAUCAUAUGCAAGAGAUGAUGAUUGGUCUGUUGAAGGAAACAAUAACACACUUUCUUUUCCAUCAUACUAUAUUGAUGAAAAUGCAGUCAGCUGCUUGGAAGGAGACAGCUGCAAAAUUCGAGGCCAGUCUGCAAAUCUUGAAGAAGAUCCAGAUCUUGAUACAUCAAUUGCUUGUGAUUCAUGUGAUCUGUGGUAUCAUGCUAUAUGUGUUGGAUUUGAUCCUGAUGGGAGUUGUGAAAAUUCGUGGCUGUGCCCAAGGUGUUUAGCUGAUGAGGCAUCAAAAAAGUCAGAAUUAGGAUCAAGCAAUACACAUGAGCAAUUAGGGGAUGCUGCUUUCCCCAUGAAUGUAUCUGUUUCUGUGGCUGAUGCAGGAGAGACAGCUGUCGUUGUCUCCAUCAUUGAUGGAAAUCAAGAGACAAAAGUACAAGAUGAAAACAUGUUUUCAAGCAUAAAUAUCACCAAGGACUUGCAAAUUGGGAAUCAAGAAAAUGAAGAAAUGAAUCAGAUAAUGUUGCCAGAUGUUUGUGAAGACAUGGGGAUUGACAACAAUAAGGAUUAUAUUGAUGAUAAUCACAAAUUGGAAAAACAAUUAUCUGAGAAAAUUAUCAAGAAACCAAAGUUAGAGCCAGUGGAGGAGGAUCUUCCAUCAUCAAACUUUAAAGAAGAAACAAGUGUCUCUGAUGAAUUGCUUUCACCUGACAAGAAAAAAAAAUCUGGUGGAAAUACAGGUGGCAAAAGAAAGCAAAGAGAUUUCAGUGGGGAUGAAGGGGAAACAAAAGUGAAGAAGAUUGUUAAAACAGAAAGAAGUCGUGUUGCUCAUUCUGUGAAUGAACCGCAUUACUCUAAAAGAUCAAAUAAAGCAGUGGCGAAAAAGCAAAGGGUUGAAACUGACAUAAGAGAUAUAGUUCAGGGGCCAUACCACAAACCUUCGGAAGAUAAAGGGUUAAGGAUAAAAAAGAUUAUGAGAAGAGCAGCCGAUGAUAAAGAGUCAUUAAUGGUAGUUCAGAAUUUAAGGAAGGAAAUUAGAGAAGCUGUUCGUAACAGAUCAUCAAAAGAAAUAGGAGAUAAUCUUUUUGAUCCAAAGCUUUUGGCUGCAUUCAGAACAGCUUUGACAGGUGGACAAACAGAAACAAAAAGACCACCACUACCCUUAAAUAUGAAAGCAAAAAAGGCCUUGUUGCAAAAGGGAACUACACGUGAGAAUUUAACCAAAAAAAUUUACGGGGUUGGUGGAAAAAGGAAGCGAGCAUGGACACGUGAUUGUGAGAUUGAGUUUUGGAAGCAUCGUGUCUCAAAUGUAGUAUCAAAGCCUGAAAAAAUUCAAACUUUGAAAUCUGUUCUUGAUCUUUUAAGAAAGGGUCCCGAGGUUAUAGAGGUCAAAAAGGAAAAUACCGAAAAUGCCCCUGGUUCGAUUCUUUCGAGACUGUAUGUUGCGGAUUCAUCUGUUUUUCCGAGGAAGGCUGAUAUUAAGCCUCUUUCUGCCCUGAAAUCUCCGGAUGUAAUCGAGGCGUCUGUGAAACCAACCGAUUCAUUGGUGCAUGGGACCAAGGGUAAAAAGGUAAAUCUGAAUAAGAGCUCAGAGAGGUCAUCUGUGAAUGCCCAAAAGGAAUCUGGAAAUGGGUCUAGUGAUGUUAAAGUCGACAAAAGGAAAUGGGCUAUGGAGGUUCUUGCAAGAAAGACAGCUGUCUCGGGAAACAAUUCCACACAGGGGCAAGAUAAUGUGGCUCUUAAAGGAAAUUAUCCUCUACUGGCUAAAUUGCCAGUUGAAAUGCGACCAAGUUUGGCAACUAGUCGACAUAAUAAAAUCCCCAUUUCGGUUAGGCAGGCUCAACUUUAUCGCCUGACGGAGCAUUUUCUGAAAAAAACAAACAUGCCAAUCACUAGUCGGCCAACUGCAGAAAUAGAGUUGGCUGUUGCAGAUGCUAUCAAUAUUGAAAAGUCAGUUGCAGAUAGAUCAAACAGCAAGCUAGUUUAUGUCAAUUUAUGCUCCCAGGAGUUAUUACACAGAUCAGAUAAUAAUAAUAUUGAUUCAGAACCUAAACCUACACCUGUCAUUGCUGAUAACUCAGAAACAACACCAACAACAACAACCACCAGUGCUGACAUGGAUGCUGAUGUGGAUGUUAAUGAAGCGCUUAGAAAUGCUGGUUUAUUGUCGGAUUCACCCCCAGGUAGUCCUCCAGUUUGUGAAAAAAUGGAAGAAGAUGAUGGUCCUGAUAAUGUAUUUGAAAUAGAUGAUGAACAAGAACUUGAUAUAUACGGUGAUUUUGAGUAUGAUCUGGAGGAAGAAAACUUUAUUGGUGUGAGUGAUGCGAUUAAAAAAGCUUCAAAAAAACUUCAAGAUGAUGAUACGAAAAUAAAAAUGGUUUUUUCAACACUUGAUUCCAAGAGGUCGGAUAGUGGUUGGAGGUUUGAAGAAGCACCACCAGUAACACUAGAAAAUACAAAUGAAGAUAAAACGAAAGAUGAAGAAGAUGAAGUUGAUGAAUGUGAAGAAUUAUAUGGCCCUGAUAAAGAACCUCUUAUUAACAAGUAUCCUGAAAUAAAACCACUUGAUUUCGUAAAUGUAACUGAAAACGUUGCUUUACAAGUAAACAUAGAAGCCAAGGCAUCUGAUGCCACAAAUAAUAAGCCUGUAGAGAUAGUAGAAGCAAAGGACAAAAAAUCUCACCCUGACAAGAAACAGCAGUCUGAAAAACACAAUUCUGUGUUUAAAAAGGUUGAAGCAUACAUAAAAGAGCACAUCAGACCAUUGUGCAAAAGUGGAGUGAUCACAGUUGACCAAUACAGAUGGGCUGUGGGAAAAACAACCGACAAAAUCAUGAAGUUCCAUUCCAAAGAUACCAAUGCAAAUUUCCUCAUCAAAGAAGGGGAAAAAGUCAAGAAACUUGCCGAACAAUAUGUUGAAGCUGCCCAAAAGCUUGAAAAUAACAAAUAACUUCAUGUUCCAUCUUUGCUCAACUUUUGGCUUCCAAGUUUUUUAAAGAAUCAAUCGGGCGGGCUGCCCGAAUAUUAAAAGUUCACAAAGGGUAAGUUUUAUGAAGAAUUGAAGAUCAUUUUGUUCACCCUUCAGCUGCCCGAAAUGCAUCUGACCCAAAUUAUGCACCCACGUUUCAACCGCCCACAUAGGUUUACGGGUAAAAUGUUUCAAAAUUUGUAUAAAAAGCGAUAUUGUUCCAUGAAUUAAAAAAAAAAAAUAAAAAUUGUUGCAUAAAUGCAUAUUUAACCUUUUUUUCUAGUAUGUUGGUUGUUUAGGAACGAAAGAAUGAUACUUGAAGAGUAAUGG